AUAUCGAUCCCGCUUGGAAAACUUAAUCGUAAAUAUUUGUUAUAUUUUGUUAAAUUUCUUGUUCUAUGAAACAAUAUAAUAAAAAAAAAUUAAAUACUUUUUUAAACCAAUGUUCGAUGUAACGGGGGGGGGGAGGAGGAAUAAAAAAAUAUAUAUAUUUUAAUAACCAACAAGCAGCGGUGAAAAACGUAAUUGACGUAACAUAAAUUAUUUUGUUGGUAUCACCUUAAGUUGGUAUUGAAUUUAGAAAACGUUUGUUUUACUAUUGUUGAAUGUUAUGUGACGUUUCAAACCAUUUAUAAAUUAUUAGAAAAUAAUGCAAAAAUAAUUAAUAUAAAUUUAAAUUCAUUACAUCAUAAUUGUGACUGUAGCUGCAAGAGGGAGCUUUAAAGCUGUUGUAUUUUGAAUUACGAAUGGACGAAUGAUUAAAGGUAGCCACUGCCGAUCACUCGAAUCCAAGUGGAACGACCGUGAGUAAAUUCCAUCGAUCCGAAACUCCAUCACGCCACGGCAAAAUCAAAAAUACUGUAAUUUUAAUAUUUACAAUAUUAGUUAUUUAAAGUGGUUUUUACAAAUAUAUUAAUUAUGUAACUUGAAAUUUUGUUUAUUUGAUUAAUAAUAAUCAUUUUAAUGAAUACAACUGUUAACUAAACACGGGUUUCGCAAAAUACAUCCACAUAAACUAAAUUCAUACCAAAUAGUCUAAAAUACUUCGAAAAAUCGUAAAUUCGUCCUAAUUUAUUUCAAAUCACAUCAUACACAACAAGGAGAACAUACCAACAGUAAAUUCCUACAUAGAUAACAAAAACACAACAUUCCAUUCUUCAACUGUUAAUAAUCAAAAUCCACUUGCCCUCUAUGUUACCUGGUGAGUCUCAAAGAAGACAAAAUGAACGACAGCACAUUUGCUAAAUGCAAAUCUAAUGUAAAAUAAAAUAAUUAAUUAAACGUAAAUUUAAUUUUUAGGUGGAACAAUAAUUACAAUAUGAGGCUUUCCAUAAAGUUAUAACAUAAUCUGUAAACCAAUUUUACAUUAUUAACAAUUAAAAAAUUAAGGUAAUUAAUUGUAUUUACUUAAUGAUGCUUACAGUUAUUCAAUGACGUAGGUUAUUGUAAUUAUUUUUUGUGGGAAGAGGAGGAUUCAAGAUGAUCCAAAAACAUAUUAUGUCAUAAAGUUAGUUUAUCAACAUUACUUUACUUUGUAUGAAUUCAACAUCAAGAAUUUUCAUAAAAACCUCUCUUAUUUUUUUCUGAUAGUAGGCGAACGAGAUUUAUAAUUUUUAAAUUUUUCUUGCCAAAAAUUAAUUUUUUUUUUUUUUUUUUAUGGUUCAUAGAGCCAUUCAAAAUACAUAGUAACAAAUACUGAUUUGUUGAGUGAAAAUACUUCAGUACACAAAAAAAAAAAAAUCCUAAUUUUCAAUUGCAUUGAGUUAAGAUAAGUAUAAAUGAAGGAUUUCCUCGUAAAUAGUCAUAUGGUUAACAUUAAAAAUCCUUAAUUUGAAAGCUUGUAUAUUAAUUCAAUAAAUGAUUUUACCUUUUUCUUUCCACCAUCUAAUCUUAUCCCAUCCCAGUUAAGCAGUAACUUUGACCCUAAAUAGUCUGAACUAGUACAAAUAAAAGAAAAAGAAAUUAUCUAUUUAUUUAAGUUAUAUCUUUUUCGGCAUUUAUUAUUAUUAUUAUUGUUAAGGACGUAGCGAGGUUGGCUGAAAAUAUAGUCCUCGACUCCCUGGGAAUCAUUCACCACCACGUGCAUGGCUAGCCCGAGAGUUUUAAUUUAUGUAUUUGUUUAUUUAUUUUCUUUUAGUGAAUAAUUGAAAACAAUAGCGAUAAAGAGAGAGAAGUGAGAGAAAGGGAAACUUAAUGUUAAAUAAAAAAAAAAAAAAAAAAAAAAAAAAAGAAUGAAAAAUGAGAAGAGGGAAAAAGGAAAAAAAAAAAAAAAAAAAAAAAAAAAAAAAAAAAAUUAUAAGGAUAAAUAAAAUAAUAAAAAUGUAUAUAUAUAUAUAUUUCUGUUUUACUAAUAUUAACUAAUACUUCUGUAUAUUUAUAUAUAAGUUCAUAUAUUGUCUUAAGGAUAGAAGAGUAUGCUGUGUGUAUAGCAACCCAAUGUAAUUGGGCAGCAAUCCUUUAUAUUUUAUAUUUUAUGAAAAUAAAGUGUUUCUCUUUCUCUCUAUUGAUGAAUAAAAUAAAACAGAUGAUUUAAAAAAAUAUUUUAAUUUAUGGAAAAAUGAAAUUAAAAGUAUGUUAAUUAUAGUAUGCAAAUAAAAAAUGUGAUUAUUAAAAAGAAAGGUUAUUUAUUAAUAGUUAAUUUGAAAAAUGUAUUUACUUAUACGGUGAAAUUAUUUUGAAGGAAGAAAUAUAAAUUAUUUUGUUUGUGUCAAAUGUUUUCUAAACUAUCUAUCUAUCUAAUAUUUUUCUAAAGUGAAAGAAGAGUUGUUAUGUUUGAAUGUUCGUUAUUGUUUUGAGCAGGGUAGUAAGAGAAGGGUCGAAGAAAUUAGUGGUAGUCCUCCGUACUUCGCCAAGUCUUCAUUAGUUAACAAAGGAAGAUGAUGAUGAGGAGAAAGACGAUGAUGACCUCAAAAGGAUCGAGAUUGUCAAUGCCAAUGGUGCUAUUAGAAUUGAAAUGCCUGGGCCUCAUCGUGAGGAGCCCAGAUACCCCAAAGAGAAAUGGAAAACAUUUGUUGCCUUCCUGUUCCUGGUGUUUAAUUUCAUAUUAACUACAACAUCAUUAGCAAUGGUCCAUGAGCGAGUGCCAGAUAAGGAUAAAUAUCCUCCUCUUCCUGACGCAGUGCUGGACAAUGUCCCAACGAUGCCAUGGGGACUGGAUGUAUCGGAAUUCAUUAUUAUGAUAUCGACCAACCUUACCUUCCUAGUCAUUGUGUUUCAUAGGCACAGAUUUAUAGUAUUUAGGCGAGUAUUCCUUAUAGUUGGUGUACUGUAUAUGAUGCGAUCUGUGACGAUGUAUGUCACUGUCCUUCCCAUGUCGAGCACAACGUAUUAUUGCUCUCCAAAGGCGAAUAGCACCAGUGUCAUUCUCAUAUCGAAGAGGGUCUUCCAGCUAAUAUCUGGCUUCGGCCUCUCCAUCAACGGAAAACACACUUACUGCGGUGACUUUAUCUACAGUGGUCAUACAGUUAUCUUAAUAAUGUGUUCACUUAUUAUCAAUGAAUAUUCCCCAAAGAGGUGUAUUUUACUCCAUUGGGGCUCGUGGACAGCGUCUAUAACAGGUGUCCUCCUAGUACUAAUUUCAAGAGGUCAUUACACCGUUGACGUACUCAUUGCUUACUACGUUACUACUCGUCUUUUCUGGAUGUAUCACACAUUAGCAAACCACAAAUAUCUGAAGCAAGCAUCUAGUCGAAAUGCGCUCUCAAGAUUAUGGUGGUUCAAGGCCUUUUGCUACUUUGAAGGGAACGUGGAGGGCCCCGUGCCACGGCAGUACAAUUGGCCCCUGCCUUGGCCUAGAAGACUCCUCGCGAAGCAUCCGAACAGGGACAGUUAGUAGUCUCAGCAGUUCAGAGAUAAAAUUUGUUUUGUAAUCUUCUGUCAAUAUGAUGCCACCUUGUCUGAGUAUAUUUUUAAAAAAAUGUUUGUUCUCAAUAUUUGAAAUCAAAUUUGGAACAAUUGAAGAAAAUUUCAAGUUAAUGAAAUACUCCAUUACUUUCCAAAUUUAGUUCCGUUAUCUCAAUAUUAAUGAAUGAACUAAAUUUGGUAUGUGUUACCGCUAAAUCGUGUAAUUAGAUAUUGUGUAUGUAUGUAUAUAUAAUUACGAUUUUUUUUUUUUUUUACUGCUGUCUACAUUUCUCUUAAAAUUAUAUUUUGAAUGGGAUAAUGAAACGGUGCCGUUAAUGAGGUAGUGAUCUAGUUAGAUGAAAGUUAGUCACAAUUGGCUGUGAUUUAAUGGCAUUUACAAGUGUACAUAUUAUUGCUAUACUUUUCUGUUAAACUCUGUUAGCUAUUUAAAAAUAUUUUCCAUACUAAAAUUUAUUAUUUUAAAUAUUUCAAAAUUAUUAUUUAUUGAAUUGAUUCGUUUCUUUAGCUAUUCUCAGUUUUUAGAAAUAAUUUUUAUUUGAAUUUUAUUAUUUCAUACCUUUUAAUACAGAAUAGCUUAUCGUUAGGAACAUACAUUUUUUCGCCCAAAAUGAAAAAUUUCAGAUGUGUAUGUAUGGAAAAGUGAUAUCAAAUUUUAAUUUACAAGAGUAAUGUUUUAUUUUGUUUCUUCACUAUAGUAAUACAUAUAUACAUACAUAUAUUAAUAAAUAUAUAUAUAUAUAUAGCUUUUGUACAUAUUGUGAACUAAUGCUAUUUAAGCGGUAACAUGUAAUAUGUUUUAUAAUGGUGAAGUAAUUUUUUUAUAUUUUUGAAAUAGACUUUUUUUGUAAAUAUUAUUUUGGUUCCUUGUAACAUUUACAUAUUAUAUAUUUAAAGAAACGAGAAUUAUACUGUGUUACAUGGCAGUACAGCUAACGGCCUCGCUUAAAGACGAGCUUAGAUUUUACUGCUUAGGUUUUACUUAAAAUAUUUUUUUAUUUAUUUUUUUUUUUUUAAUAAAACAUUUACUGAAAUCUGUACUAUGAUGAUCUUUUUUUUUUUCCGUUUAUAAGUUAUAUUACUUACUUAUUUUUAUUUUUUACUAUAUCAUAAUUUUCAUUUUCAUGUCUCUUUAAAAUAAUAUUCCAUUAAGUGUAAAUGUAUAGAAUGUACAAAUGUUGGAGUGGAAUAUAUGGAACUCUCUGUGAUGCCCUAUAUAUAUAUAAAUAUAUAAAUCUAGUUAUAAGGUAGUAAAUUUUUAAUUAAAAGAAGAGAAACACUUCAUGCCUUCCUUGUCAAAAGUUUAUAAACUAGAUAUUUAUUUAUUUUGGGCAGAAUGUUUUGUUUGAUUUUGAUACUGAAUGGCCCAUAAUUUAUAUCAAUUAAUCUAUAAAGUUGUUGUAUAAUAUGUACAAAGAUGUUAGCCACCACACUUUGAAAAAUGACUUCGAUACAAGUGUGAUUUAACUCCUUGCAUUUUCGAAAUAUUAUUUUUUAAUAUUAAGGUUUGUUGAUACUUUACUAAAAUUAAUUUAAUGAUAAAUUUGUAUUAUAGAAUUUAAAAUUAGGUUUAAUAUGUUAUUGAUAUUAUAUUUUAUUACAUUAUUUUUACGCAGUUGUAUUAUUUGUUAGUAGUUUUGUAUUUUUUAUGUAAAAAAAAUUCCUUUGAUUUUUUUUCCUCUAUAAUUUAUUUAAAAUAAUAGUUAAUUUAAAGUUGCGUUUUUAUAAGGUUUUUAAAAAUAAAAUAAACCUGCAGCCUUAGCGAUAGCUUAGAUAAAUGGUUUGUGAAGCGAACUUUAACCUUGAGACAGAAACUUUGCACUCAUACCUUUCUAUGAAAUGCGUAACUCUAUAAUAAAGUGUAUAUUCCCAAUACGUUAUGUUGAAUGUCAUUAAAUAUUUUAUUCAUCAAGACAAAAAUGUGCUAUUAUUGCACUUUGUUAUAAAAGGCUUUAAAGUUUUUCUAUAAUAUCUUUUGAUUUCAAGACAAUCUCUGAACUGAUAAAAAAAAUCUUACCAUGUUUUGUUUUAAUUCUUGGUAAAAUAAGUCCCACUUAGUAGAUGAGUGUGCUUUAGUGAUGAGUGUAAAAAUUGUAAUUUAAAAAAUACUUUCUAAUGAAAAAUGUGCCUAUAUUUUUUUAAUCAGUGAAUCUCAUACGUGACCUUUAGGUAUUAAUCUAUAAUUGUGUGCUUCAAUAUUUUCCCCGAAAUAGAUUUUUCGGUUUAUUUAUUGGAGCUAAUGUGUUGUAAAUGCAUAGCUAUUUUUUCUUGUUUUUUUUUUUUAAUUAUAAGGCUGAUUUUGAAUUGUGAAUAAUCUAGAAAAUAUGUUUUGGGAAAUUUCAGAUUAUGUUACAAUAAAGUAUUUAUUUUAAAAUAUAACAUGUAUUUUUUUUUUUUUUUUUUAAUGGUUUUUAGUGGUUCAGUUACAUUGUCAUUUGGAAUGUAUAUUUAUUUCCAUAUUUUUUACUUUGUAUACAGUAUAGCCAAAUGUAUUUUUUUUUUCUCAUUCUUAUUUGUUUUAUUUAACUAAAUUAGAUAUAUUUUUUCCAAUAUAGCUUAUUAGAAUUUUUAAAAAGUUAAUUAUUUAAAAAGAUACAGAUAUUUUUCUAAAUUAGUUUUUGAAUGGUUCUUCUUGUAAUUAGAUGGCAGACAUGAUUUAUAAGAUGUACGCAGAUAUGUUUACAUAUGUACCGGGCUCUUUCAAGAUAAAUAGCUGAUUUUAAAAAA